UGCACUUGAUACCGCUUCCGGUAAACAUGGCGACGGAUUUGAAUGCAGGCAUCCCAGACUACGAACCCGGCGAUGGAAAUACUAGAACUUUCCACAUCGACGCGUUCAGAAAGGAGUGGCUGAGCAGACUACAGCCGUCUGACUACUCUUACCCGCCGCAGGAUGAAAACGCCUUUCACGCCAACUUUGCCCACGAAUUGGGGGUUAGCGUGGACAUGAUGCGGGAACUCAAAGAUACAUGCAACACAGCGGCACUGCAUUGCUAUCCCGAAGACCAGUGCCCUGACCCGGAAGUCGUACCUGAAGACUCCACCCUGAAAACCCUCAUUGAAAGGAAGAAGCAUCAAGACCACAAAUUGUCCCUUAAAAUCUCCAAGAACAGACACGAGCUUUAUGCAGAUGAGCAGGAGCGAUCGUCCGUCGCGUGGAAACCAGAGGAGUUCGAAAAUCUGGUCUCCGAAGGAGACGUCAUUCUGACCAUCAAUGUCUACUACCCAGCUAUUUUUGAAAAAUUUGUCUAUGUCAGACCCCACGUGACGCUGCUGGUGCUAGGAUCCCAAAGCCUGGUAAAGCUCAGGGACGCCAUCUGUUGCGCCAGCGACUUGCAGGUGUGCGGCGAGUUCAGCAACACGCCCGAAAUGGCGCAGGACUUCAUCAGCAAAGACCACUACAAGUCGGCCUUCUUUUUCUUUGAAGGAGUGUUCUAUAACGACAUGCGAUAUCCUGAGUGUUGUGAUAUCAGCAGGACGACGAUCAAGUGGGCAAAGGACAACCACUUUCCGUCGUACCGACAGGCCAAGAUGGAGGACACAAAGUUUGAGGAUCUGAAGGUCAAAGUGGGCUUCCCUUAUCUCUACAAUCACCAAGGGGACUGCGAGCAUGUCGUCAUCAUCAGUGACGUCAGGCUGACUCACAAAGACGACUGCCUGGACAGGAAGUUGUACCCGCUCUUGACGCACAAGCACCGGGUCGCGGUGCAGAAGUGCGCCGUUUGCUACACCUUCAUCGCAAGGUGGUGCACCACGGGCGACCAGUUCGCUCCCAGUAACCCGUGUCUGUUCUGUGACAAGUGUUUCCGCAUGCUGCACUACGACAAGGACGCAAACAAGCUGGGAGACUUCCUGGCGUAUCCCUACGUGGACCGCGGCGCUUUCAACUAACACGGUUUUGUCCCACAGGUGCAUCUUAACUCAUCCCAUUUCAUAAGUGAUUUAUUAGCUGUGAUUAUCAAACCAUUUUUGAACUUCAAUAAUAUUUUCAUUCAUUGAGAUGCACCUGUAAAUGUUAAUAGUUGUCCGUGGAGGGGGGGCGUGGCCUGCGGGCCUGCAGCG